CAAGCCAGUCCAAAUGUCCAAGUCUCCGAGAUCGCCAGCCCGCCAGCCGGCGUGUAAGAAUGCGGACGAGCCCUGUGGCAUGUGCCCGUCCUGCCUCUUUUGCGGCACUCGAACAAGCCAGCCCUCGCCCUCGCCACUGAAUCUGUGGAAGAUUUCGGACGGGUCCCGUCGGAGUUUCGUUGUGGGGCUGCUGGUGCGGUGCGGGAGCGUGCCGGUGCUGGAGAACAUCCAGAGCUCGCUGCGCCUCACCUCGUGGAACUUGCUCAGCUUCGCACCAACCAAGGGCAAGACUUUGCCGGAGCUUUACGCACGGCUCGACUGCAAGACGCGUCCGUCGCCCUUGAUCCGCGAGAUCUGGGAAUGGUUCGACAGAAGCCCGGAAUGGGUCCAGACGCGCUACCUUUGCCUGUUGCUGCUGCAGUGCGACCCGGAGCUGCUGAGUAUGGCCAAUAAUCUCAUCGGUGUGGUGGUGACCAGGCUUCAGCGACAGCUGGACGUGAAAAAUUCCACCAGUAAACAAAGCAACUCAGCCAGCAAAGAUGACUCCACAAAGGAUGCCAUUUUUCCUGUUCUUCCGGUUCCUGCCGGAUCCUCAAAGUCUUUGUUAGGAUUCAGCAGACCCCGAGACUUCAUAGGCGGCCUUCCCACCGAGCUGUCCAAGAGGAUUUUGGGGCUGCUCGACGAGGCGAUGCUGAAGCGUUGCAUGAAGGUUUGCAAGCACUGGAAGCACCUGGCGGGGGAGACGAUGGAGGAGAUACGUUUCAGGAAGCUCUACCAGGAGCAGGUGGAAGCCAUGAUGAAGCGCUAUAAAGGCGUUCAUAUGGUCAGCCCUUCCUACGCCAGGAUGGUGGACGUCGCGGUGCCGGCCGAGGACCACGAGAGCGGGGAAGUGAAGUCGUCACAUAUGUGGCCCUUUGAAGCGGCCUAUGCUAACAUCAAAACCAGAUCAGUGCGAAUGGAGGAGCGCAACAUUUACUGCGGCGCGUAUUUUACGUCUGUGCUGAUUGACAGUGAAGACCCCCACCGCGUGGUGGAUUACAAGGGCGGGCCCAUGCUGAGCUCAGCGUCCAAGGACCGCGCUGUGCGUUUACUGUACGUGGGGACCGCAACCAAGCAGGUGGGGCUGAUGAAGGGCCACGUGGGCAGCAUCCGUGUCGUCCUGCUUUGCCCCGAGCGUCACCUGGUCAUCACGGCGAGCUGCGACACCAGCAUCAGGUGUUGGAGCGUGAGGACGGACCAGUGUGUGUUGGUGUUAUAUGGUCAUUCCAGCAUGAUUAACUGCCUUGACAUCCACGCUGAUAGACUGGUGUCAGGUGCCAAAGAUUGCACCGCCAAAGUGUGGAGUCUGCAGACCGAGAAGCACCUGGAGGACUUUAACUUCAAGCACCGCAGUUCAGUGCGCUGCGUGAAGAUCAACGCCACCGCCGUGUUCAGUAGCUGUGACCGUGGAGUCGUCAAGCUGUGGGAUGCCGAGAACGCUUCGCUGCUCAGGGUGAUCGACGCCCACAACAGCGCCGUGCGAUGCAUGUUUGUAGACGAGUGGCACCUCCUGUCCGCCGACACCAACGGUCAGGUGAUGGCAUGGAGCAGCAGAUGUGAAACCAAAGGAUGCCUCAUGACCGUCAGUCAUCCAAAGGAGGUCAAGUCUCUGACACUGGCUUACCUUCGAGUGGUCACGGGAUGCGUGGACGGAAAGAUCCGCAUCUUCAACUUCCUGACGGGAGACUGCCUGAGGACCAUUGUGGUGGAGGCCGAGACAACCGGUCGCAUGCUGUCGCUGCACUUCUGCGAGAACAACAUUUUAGUCAAUGCCACUUCCUGUGUGAAGCUCUACCAAUUUGCUAAAGUCUUCUGGGAUUACGACGAGCCGGCUUACGAGGAGAGUCCCGAUUUGGACGCCUCGCCACCGCCGAAACUGGACCUUCCCUCCACCUCUGCCAGGGCAAAUCACAUGACUACGGAACAAGUCACAGAGCACUGGAGAAGCCUGCUUCAGCCUUUGACUGCCGAUGCCAGCCAGCAAACACGGCCCGCGGAGCAGCCCAGCAGCCACCGCUCGGACAGCAGCCCGCUAUACUGCCACCGCCGACGGCCCUUGACAUCUGCUCAGCAGCCUGUCAAUCAAAGUUUGACAAACAGACUUCCCCAUCUGGAGCGAGAUCGCGCGACUGGCCGGAAUACAAUGUGAAGGUUUGUUAUGUAGUUUAAAGUGGACAUACUGUGUCAUUGGAGAAUGCCCCCCCCUUUUUUUUUUUU